UUUUUUUUUUCUUUCAAUCUAUCCCUUCACGUAUGUCUCUGUUAACCUGUCAUUUUUGCAGUACCAGAAGAUAUGAUAGCCUUUCAUUUCGUCAUCACUGCACCUUCUCUUUCAUAUUUCUCUCACUGAUCUUGAUAAUCUUUCAUUUCGUCAUCACUACCACUUCUCUCACACUUCUCUAACUUUUGUCCUUUUCGUCUUUAGUAUCCAACUUAACUCUUCUCUUCUCUUCUCUUCUCUUUCUUCAAGGAUACGAGUGUAGAUUUUUUCUUUUUUUUUUCUGUGGAGCUAUGGCGGAGGAUUUUGAGCCCUACCAUGUCCCACAGCAAAGUAGAAGAGACAAGCUAAGAAUUGUGGUUCAAAACCAUCCUGACCUUCAGGGUUGUACAGGGUUACUUCCUCUUUACGAUCCCGCACUUCUCCCUUCGGAUUUGCUGGCUUGUACUAAUAACUCUCUCUCUGAUGUUAGUGAGGCCUUUAAAGGAAACGGAGUUUGUGUAGUGAAAGAGGAAGGUGUUAAUUUAAUUGGCUUUGUUGGUGGGAUCGUGAAUGCUGCUGCUGCUGCUGCUGCUGCUUCUUCUUCCGCUACGCAUCAUCCUUACUUGGAUCCGCAAUCCUCUUUGCCUAUAAACCCUAGUUCGAUUCAAGAUAUUAACGCUAACCAUUUUCUUUACACAUCACAUAACUUUCAAAACCUGAGAGAUUUUGAACAACCAUAUAAUGGUGGUGGUGAAGCAGCAGCGUUUAAACCUGAACCUUUAUCUUUGGCUCAUGAGUCAAAUACCACUGGCCAAGGCUUGUCUCUAUCUUUGUCUUCUCACCAUACCCACCAAAGUAAUCUCCCUUUAGACCUUAAUUUGCAAAGACACGGGUCUGCAGUUUACGGUGGUAAGAUUACUGUUGGCGGUGGUGAUGGAUAUACGGUUCCUGGCAUUGUUGGAGGCAGUGGCUCGACCUCGACUGAGUUGUCUAGAAGUUCGGUCCCUCUCGGGCCUUUCACGGGAUAUUCUUCGAUUUUAAAGGAAUCGAGAUUUUUGAAGCCUGCACAACAGCUACUUGAAGAUUUUUGUGAUGGGGGUGGGGGAAUUUACAGCGAGAAGAUCACGAUGGAUGCCUCUUUGAUGGAUCCUCCUGUGGAGUGUGUGAACGCAUGUGGAAUUCUGGAUGAUCCGCUUAAUUAUGGGGAUGGAGGUGAAAAUCGGAGAAAGAAGUCAAGGCUAAUUUCAAUGCUAGAUGAGGUUUACAGAAGGUACAAGCAUUUUUAUCAGCAGAUGCAAGCAGUGGUGGCAUCCUUUGAGUAUGUUGCUGGGCUUGGCAAUGCUGCUCCAUACACAAACUUGGCCUUGAAAACCAUGUUUAGACAUUUUAGGUCCUUGAAGAAUGCAAUAACUCACCAGCUUCAGUUCACUAAUAAGGGUCAACUGAGCCAUGGAAAAGAAGAGGCUACAAGGUUUGGUAACACUGAUAGAGGCCUUUAUGCACAGAGGCUGGAUAAGAACUCUGGAUUCAUGGAGCACCAGCUUGUUUGGCGACCUCAGAGGGGGCUUCCUGAACGUGCUGUAACUGUCCUUAGGGCAUGGUUGUUUGAACACUUCCUGCAUCCUUAUCCUACAGACACAGACAAGCUAAUGUUGGCCAAACACACUGGACUAUCACGGAGCCAGGUCUCUAAUUGGUUCAUCAAUGCAAGAGUAAGGCUCUGGAAACCAAUGGUGGAAGAAAUACACAUGCUGGAAACACGGCAAACCCAAAAAUCUUCACAAAGGGAGGAACAACAUGCUAACAAAUCAAGUGAUCAGAUACCUCUUUCAAACUCUAUAACUUCAGACAACUCAUCAACCUCUAUCCAAAGGGUUGAAGACAUACCCUCAAAGCGAACUAGAAAUGAUCUUCCUGAUUUACCUCUGGGGAAUGAGGAACCAUUGAAUUUGUCUUACAACAGUAUGCUGAGUCAUCCGUCUGUAGGAGUUGGUAUAAGUGGAGCAGGUGAAAGCAGUAGUGUUUCCUUAACACUAGGUCUGCAUCAGAAUAAUGGGAUAGGUUUGUCAGAACCCUUUUCUAUGAAUGCAGCGCAACGUUUUGGCCUUGGUCUUGAGAAAAGCAGCGAGGGAUUUGUCAUGGGAAGUUUUGAAGCACAAAAUCGUCACUUUGGAAGGGAUGUAAUUGGGGGGCAACUUUUGCGCCAUUUUGUUGGUUGAAGAUGUUUGUUGUGAGGAGCUGCUUCAGCAUCAAUAUUCAUGCUAACAGUUUUCUUCUGGAUGUGCUUUUAUCAACUAUCAGAGCCCAAGCUCAUACAAAAUGGUCAAAUGCUUAUCCUCAUGGUGUAACAAGGUAUGUUUAUUGAAUUGAAGAGUACAUGAUCUCUUAAUAUAGUGCCUUUAAGAGAAAGGGAUUGGUGUAACAUUCUUCUGUAAAUCUAUAAUUAAAUGAUGGGAAAUGAUACCUUUAGAGGCAAAAUCAUCAGUACUGGCAUUUGAUGGUGGAUUCCAUUGUGAAUGAAAGCCCACAUUUUACAAUCUUUCAGCACCAUCAAAAGUCACAAUGGUUAAAAGCUCAGAUGGUGGAUUCUGGCCAAAGUCAAAUUUCUGCAGUCCUGGUAAUUUCUUUUCUUUUCCAGGUUUUUCCCCACUCAUCUCUGCUACACCUUAACCUAAUGUCAUCAUUGGUUGGUUUAUCAAGAAUCCUAUUGUAACUGCAUAUUUGAAGUUUUAGCAACAUGCAUUUGUUUCAACGCAUGUUAUAUUCAUAAAGGCAGAUUCAUAGUUCUUCAAUUUGAAGGUUAAAUAACUUUAUUAGCUUCUUAAACUUUGAGAA